CGUCAUCGCCGAGACACGCUGCCCGGAUUCGCACGCGGGGGCUGCCACUGGGGCUGGGAGCCGCGCUGCCGAUCCGCUGCGGGCUGCUGCGGGCUGCUGCCGAUCCACUGCGGGCUGCUGCGGGCUGCUGCCGAUCCACUGCGGGCUGCUGCCGAUCCACUGCGGGCUGCUGCCGAUCCACUGCGGGGUGCUGCGGGGUGCUGCGGGGCGCUGCCGAUCCACUGCGGGCUGCUGCUGAUCCACUGCGGGCUGCUGCCGAUCCACUGCGGGGUGCUGCGGGGUGCUGCGGGGCGCUGCCGAUCCACUGCGGGCUGCUGCCGAUCCACUGCGGGGUGCUGCGGGGUGCUGCGGGGCGCUGCCGAUCCACUGCGGGCUGCUGCCGUUCCACUGCGGGCUGCUGCCGAUCCACUGCGGGCUGCUGCCGAUCCACUGCGGGGUGCUGCGGGAUGGACUUCGUGGGCCCCUCGCCACGCGUUGGACGCGUCUUCAGUUGGCAGCGCUGCAACUUGUCUGGGCCCACACUGCCGGGAACCUGGCGAGGAACAGAUUGAGCAGCCGGCUUGCUGCCCUUGCGGUCGGAUCCUCGGACCCCGAGGCCGGUGCGAGGUGAACCGUGAAGAACCGUCACGAGCUGUGAAUUCCUACUGCUGAGAUAUGGCCACAACGGAAACGAACUCCACGGAGAGGGUCUACAUGGACUACAACGCCACCACACCAUUGGCCCCGGAGGUGGUGGAGGACAUCAGCCGGGCCCUCACGGAGGCCUGGGGCAACCCGAGUAGCUCCUACGGGCCAGGUCAGAAGGCAAAGGCACUUAUUGGCCGGGCGAGAGAGAGCAUUGCCUCCAUGGUGGGAGGGUGCCCAGAAGACAUCAUCUUCACGUCCGGAGGAACCGAGGCAAACAACUUGGUGCUGCACACGGCUGUGAAGCACUUCUGGAAGACGCGGAGCGCCGGCGGGCGAGAGGACGGGGUGCCAGCUGCGGGGAGCCGAGGGGCGGCGCUGCCGCACAUCGUCGUGUCCUGCCUGGAGCAUGACUCGGUGCGCCUGGCGGUGGACAGCCUGGUGGCGGAGGGCCGGGCAGACUUUACGGCAGUGCCAGCCUCGUGGGUGACGGGGCGCGUGGAGGUGGACCAGGUCCUGGCUGCCAUCCGCCCAACCACCUGCAUCGUGUCCAUCAUGCUGGCCAACAAUGAGACCGGCAUCAUCAUGCCGAUCGCGGAGAUCUGCCGGCGCGUGCGUGCAACGCGAGGAGGGGGCGCGAUGCCGCGUCUCGGCCGCGUGCUGCUGCACACGGACGCCGCCCAGGCCCUUGGCAAAAUCAGGGUCAACAUCGAAGAGCUCGGGGUGGACUACCUCACCGUCGUGGGGCACAAGUUCUACGGGCCGCGCGUGGGAGCGCUGUGCGUGCGGGGCCUGGGCGCCGGCACCCCGCUCGUCCCCAUGCUCUUUGGGGGCGGCCAGGAGCGCAACUUUCGUCCGGGGACUGAAAAUACCCCCAUGAUUGCUGGCCUGGGCAAGGCCGCGGAGUUGGUGUGUCAGCACCUGGACGAGUACGAGAGGCACAUGCGGCAGAUGCGAGACUACCUGGAGGAACUGCUGCUGGCGGCAUUUGGGACCGAGCGCCUGCACUUUAACGGCCACUUCUCGGGCUCCGACCGAUUGCCCAACACCUGCAACGUGUCCAUCCUGGGCCCCUGCCUGCAGGGCCACAGGGUGCUGGCGGAGGCUGGCGGCCUGCUGGCGAGCGUCGGGGCCGCCUGCCACUCUGGCAACACCCACCGGCCGUCGCACGUGCUGCUGCAAUGCGGCCUACCGGAGGAGGUGGCCCUCAACGCCGUGCGCCUGAGCGUGGGCCGCGAAACGAGCCGUCGCGACGUGGAGCGCGCCGUCUCCAGCCUGCGCGCUGCCGUCGCCACGCUCGCGGCACGGGGCCCCGCCGGGACUGCUCCUCGCUUCGCCACUCCUCCGGCGGAAGACUCCGUGCCCACAGAGCAAGCGUCCGUGUCAGACAAUGAUGUGAACUCCACUCCAAUACAUAUUUCUAAUUCCGGAGACGCUUAGAGAUAUAAUCGAGCGAGAUGGCUGGGUGGCUGACGUGGGCAUUAGCGCGCCCAUUUCACGUCGCUGAGAUGUUCGGUUCAAAUCCAGGGAGCAAGCAGCCAGGCCAAAUUAAAUCAGGUUCUCGUGUAUCGAGAGUUGAUAGCAACAGCUACACAAAAUACGUCCUAUUUUUAAAUCCUUUAUAUUAAGUUCGCUUGCUUGCUUAGGACCGUGCAAAUCUUUCGGUCGUUUUUUAACCCACUUCCCGUGAUCCAAUCGAGCUGACAUUUUGCACACAGACUCGUUGUGCGUGACAAUUAAUUUUCGUGAAAAAAAAUUUCCAAAAUUUUACACUGUUUAGGGAAAAUGUUUUUAAUAUUUAAUUACCAAUUGUUUAAUGCUGCCAGACAAUCAUCUGACCCAUAGGUGGCAGCCAUCUCAAGCCAGAGGACAAUAGGACUCUCGCCGCCCCGAUGCCACGCAUAUAAAGGAUUUAUAGUGAAAAACUUUGUUUUUACGGGUUUACUUGUUAUUGCACUUGUUUACCCAUGGAAGCCUCAAUCUCGACUCUUUUUAAGAUGUAUCAGUAGGGGGCGAUGUUGCCACGGGAAUUGUAGUAAAGUUAUUUUCCAGUAAUUUUUCAAUACCAUAAGUGUUCUUUUUUAGCUGUGGGAGGAAACUGCAGAACCCGGAGAAACCCGAUGUAGAACAGUGGGAGAACAUACAGACUCCACACACAAAUGGAACCCAGGCCUUUCUUGCAAUGGCCCACAAACGUUACCACUGUGCCGCAGCCAUCCUUCCGUCUAAACAUGAGCUUUCACUUAAUUGGCCGGGCCCAGCUCUGAGGGCUGAUUCAACUUAAAUGUCUCGGGCGACUGCCGUCUGGUGACUCAUUGCUGACGAGGUUUGUGGUGCUUGGCGAGAGAGGCCUCUGCAGGAAUUACUCUGGGCAUGCUAUGGUUUAGAUGGACGUUUCUAGUUUCCCGGCGUGAACCGCACGGGAGUGGGAAGUUGGUGUUUCCGACAGAUUGAAAUAUUGCCCGAGUGAAUUUUUGCGUCCAAACUUGAGAAGGUGAACCUGACAGUACAAUAUUCUCCGGUUUAACAAUGCAGUGGAGAGUGAGACACUCCCCCAACUCUUGGAUUU